AUGGAUAUAUUCAUAUGUACAAAAAUCUUGAAAGCGUAAACCCAGCAACCGAAUGCAUGAGACUCUCCAGUAGACUCGGACCACCCAGAUCAAAUCAUCGCUAUGAACAACAUCAUUUCACCAUGUUUCUUGGAUCCUCCACUGCUUCCUAAUGGCAUCUAUGCAGCUUGGCACCAAGACUCAUGCUUCUUUCCAACUUGAUGGCCACACUUGUGUACAAGUGGACUUCCGGGUGAUGUCACUAUUGAGAUCGGAGAAACGUCGUUUCACCUCCAUAAGUUUCCUUUAAUCUCAAGAAGCGGGCUAUUAACAAGACUUAUUGGCGAUUUCUCAAAUGAAGACGAGCACGUAUGCAUUGUGCAUCUUGACGAGAUACCGGGUGGAUCGAAAACAUUCGAACUUAUAGCCCGAUUUUGUUACGAUAUCAAAAUGGAACUUACAGCCCACAAUGUCAUCAGCCUUCGAUGCGCUGCAGACUGGCUAGAAAUGACCGACGAUUUCGGUGGCGAAAACCUAAUUACGGUAACCGAAAACUUCUUAAUCGACGUUUUCGCCACGUGGGCGGACACCAUGAAAGCUCUAGAAUCCUGCGAAGAAGUUCUUCACGAUGCGGAACAGUUAUUCCUCGUUUCACGUUGCAUUACGUCUUUAGCGAAAAAAGCGUGCACGGGUUUCAAUGCUGCGGUAAAUAACAGCGAAAAGGUACCAACUUCCACCGUUUGGAAUGGGAUUUCACCGACAAACAAACCCGUAACAACGUAUGACGAUUGGUGGCAUAAAGACGUGUCCUUUCUCGGUUUACAUCUUUACAAACGGGUGAUCCAGGCUGUUGCGUCACGGGGAAUGAAACCCGAGACCAUAGCUGGGUCUCUUGUCGAUUAUUUAAAACGAUACAUACCGUUAUUAAACCGGGAAGUGGGUUUUAACGAUGGUAGCUAUUACAAAACCGUUUCUCCUUCCGAAGCGGAUCAACGAAAUCUUUUCGAAGAUAUCGUGGAAUUAUUUCCCGACCGAAAGGGCGUCAUCGACACCGCGUUUCUCAUACGACUUCUUCGUACCGGCAUGAUUCUACACGUGAGUCCGUCGUGUCAAGAAAAUCUCGAGAAACGGGUCGGGGCCCAGUUGGAUUCAGCGGUUUUAGAGGACGUUUUGAUACCAAACCAGGGGUUUAACACGGUGGAAACUUUGUACGACAUUGAUUUAUUUCAACGAAUGAUUGAAUAUUUCAUGUGUAUGCAUCAACCUCCUAGUGCGGUGUGUUCACCGUGCAUUGUCGAAGACGGGUUAGAUGAAGGGAGUGGGGCCCAGUCUUUGGAGGCGAUGACAUCUGUCGCUAAUCUGGUUGACAUGUUUCUUGCUGACGUGGCAGCCGAUGUUAAUUUGAAGCUCCCAAAGUUUCAGUCUCUUGCUGCUGCUGUUCCCGACUAUGCUCGUCAAGUUUCUGACGGCAUUUAUCGUGCAAUAGAUAUUUAUUUUAAGGCACAUCCAUGGCUUGCAGACUUCGAGCGGGAGCAAAUGUGCAGACUUAUGAAUGUUCAAAAGCUGUCACAGGAAGCGAGCACUCAUGCAGCGCGUAACGAGAGGCUACCUAUGCGUGUGAUUGUUCAAGUUAUCUUCUUUGAACAACUACGGAUAAGAACAUCGAUUGCUGGGUGGUUUUAUGUGUCGGAAAAUGAAGAUGAGGUGGUCGGGUCACUGGAACAAGUCGGUGACGGUAAUGAGAGGGCGGGUAUGGGUGAAAUGAGGGAGCGCGUUCUUGAGCUCGAGAGAGACUGUGAAACCAUCAAGUUUGAGAUUCGAAAAUUGGUGAAAAACAAGAUCAGUUGGAAUUUCUUAUGUAAGCGAAAAAUACUCGGGUUAUUGGAGCCACAUCGACCAAACCCAGGGUGUGACCACCACCACGUUGGAGCCACAUUGACCAAACCCGCCACGUCCUUCCCUCUUUGCCCUUUCAAGCGUUAAUAGGCUAACACCCAAUCUUCCACGCCCCUCCCGCGCAGCAUUUCACGCUCCAUUCACGCCCAAGAACCUGCAAAAGUGGUGCCACCUAAGCGUGACUCGGAUGGUUCACGUCUCUGGGCGUGGAAAUAUUACACAGUCUUAUAAUAAUAAUAAAAAAAAGUCGUGGAGGGAUUCC